AUGCACGUACAUCACCUACUGAAUCGUAUAUCAUAUACCUUUGCUGUUCGAGAUAAUAGGGCGAGUGAGCCAGUGGAUAAAUCCAUCACCACGAAGGCUUGCACCCCGGUAAGAAAGCGCAUAUUAGAAAAGGAGAUCUUCUGCAUCAUAGCAGGUGCAGGCUGCCAGGUCAACAAGACCCUAGUCCCGAUUAGCUGCAAAGUGUCAAGUGUCAAUCGCUCCCUUGGUGAUCAUCAACCUUGCAUGGAACGCGCAGAAAGUGGAACCAGAGAACGAUCGAUUUCCAAAGUUAAGCCGCUUUCGCUCGGACAUCAAGUGAAAUUGAAGAGUGAAGAGGUCGAGGCGAGCCAUACACAACCUCGCGCCACUCCUUUUUGGAAACCAGAGAUCUAUCAAGCCCAAGUUAUAAUAUUGGUUGGGCCAGUUGCCAAACAAACCCUUGGGGAGCGGAAAACAGAGUAUGCUCUGAACCGAGUGCUCCGCGUUUCCGAGGGUGAGUGGUUCGUAGCGAAAGAGGUGGUGGCCUGUGCGACAAAUCUUCAGCAGGAUGUGCAGCACGGCAUGAUGCGCGCCGAGCACAUCACUCUAGUUGUAGAUCCUGACGAUCAUUUUAGCAUGAGCGAGAUUCUUCUCCUUCACCAAAUGCCAAACCAGACGCCAAAAGACCUUCCUUGCAUGCGCUAG